AUGACACAAGAUGUCACGUCAAAAGCUGUCCUUCAUCCCAAUGAUGCAGAGUCUAGAGAUACAAACUCAAAAGAUGCUUCAUUGGUCGAUCGAUUCUCAUGGGGCAAUUUCACCUGCACUCAAUCUACCGGUGGCGUAGCCCUCAUGCUAUCAAAGACACCCUAUCAAUUCCGAGGUCUGCAAACCAUUGGAGUUGUUGUAUUCAUACUCAAUAUUGUCAUAUUUAUCCUAUUUGUCUCAGCCAUGAUCUACCGAUUUGUUCGGAAGCCCUCAAGCUUUCGCGAAUCCAUCACAAAACCUCCAGAAGCCUACUUUACAGGAUCGCUGUGGCUCUCGGUAGCAACCAUCAUCAUGGGCAUGCAGGUUUUCGGUGUUCCUCAUACCGGCUCCUGGCUUAUUGAUGUUAUUCGUGUUCUCUUCUGGAUCUACGGCGCCAUUACUCUGACAUAUAAUAUCGUCAUUUUCGUCGUCAUGUUCUCCAUCGCUCCCUUCACACCUGGUAGCAUGAGCUCUCCAAUGUUCUUGAUGAUUUACAAUGCCAUGCUUACUGGUACCGUCGCCUCUGUUAUUGCAGCAGACCAACCUCCUCCACAACGAGUGCCGAUCCUUGUCGCUGGGAUCGCCUUCGAGGGACUUGGGUGGAUAUUGUGUCUUCUCUUUCUCCCUCAUUUUGUAGGCAACAUGCUUGUCAACGGUCUUGGUCCUGUCAAUCUCCGACCUGGCCUGUUUAUAUCUGUGGGCUCAGCAGGUUAUACCAUCAUAGCACUCAUCGGAUGUGCCAAAGCAAUCCCAGAUGGUUACGGAUACUUUGCGAAGCACCCAACUGCUGCCGAAACACUUAACAUCAUGGCAUUGUGGAUCGGUGUAUUUCUUUGGUUGUUUACCUUUUGGCUCUUCGCAAUCGCAGCAGUUGCGCAUGUUCCAAUCUUGGUAUCUAAACUCAGCGGCGAUACAUCUAGGCCCAAGAUGAGUUUUGCUCUGCCUUGGUGGGCGAUUGUCUUUCCGAAUGUUGGUUUUACGAUUGCCACGGUGAACAUUGGUGAAGAGUUUGAAUCAGACGGUAUAGCUGGAGUAGCCACGGCCAUGACGAUACUCGUGUUUACGGCAUGGUUGAUGGAUUUGUACUUACAUAUUAAGUCGAUAUGUCAGAAGCAUAUUAUGUAG